CUGUGCCGCAGACAGAAGACAGUACCACAUCUAAGUGCAAGGAGUCCUCGAGAUGAGGGGUGUUAUCAGUCGGCCUGUCUUCUUCUUCUUCUUCUUUUGUUCCUUGCUGCUUCUGGCACUGAGCUAUGGUGCUAUGGCCGAUGGGAAGGAGAACAGGACCACACUGGCAUUUCGUGUUGGGGUGAUACUGGAUAAUGAAACAUGGGUGGGAAACGUCAGCUGGGCCUGCAUGUCCAUGGCCAUGGAUGAUUUCUACUCGACGCAUCCUAACUACACCACCAGAGUAGCCCUCAUCGGCAAGGACUCCAAAGAAGAUGUUGUGUCUGCUGCAGCUGCUGCGGUAGAGCUACUAUGGAAUGACAAAGUUCAAGCUAUCAUCGGUCCGCAGACAUCAGUCCAGGCCAAAUUCGUGGCCGAGCUUGGUAACAAGUCGCAGACUCCGAUCAUCUCCUUCUCCGCCACCUCCCCAUUCCUCGCCUCGUCUCGCACCCCCUACUUCGUCCGCACCGCCCUCAGCGACUCCAGCCAAGCCCAGGCCAUCGCCGCGCUCGUCCGCUUCUUCGGCUGGCGCCAGCUGAUCCCUAUCUUCGAAGACACCGACUACGGCACCGGAAUGAUCCCGUACCUCGUCGACGCUUUCCAGGCUACCGAUGAGCGCGUCCCCUAUCGUUCCAUGGUCCCCCUCAUGGCCAACGACGACCAGAUCCUCCGCGAGCUCUACAGCCUCAAGACUAUGGGGACUAGAGUUUUCGUGGUACACGCCUCAGACGCACUCACCACGCGCCUCCUCCUGAAGGCGAGGGAGGCCGACAUGAUGCAAGAAGGCUAUGCAUGGAUCGUGACCUACGGCCUAACUGACCGUUUCGGCGUCUUGGAUGCCUCCGCCAUCGACGCAAUGCACGGAGUCCUGACCGUGAAGCCCUACGUUAUGGGCUCUGCUCGGAAUGGCGAAUUCAGCACGAGAUGGAGCGAGAGACUUCGACGAGAUCACCCCACUGACAAACCAGUCCAGCAUCCAAGUGUCUACGCACUGUGGGCAUAUGACACUGCCUGGGCCAUGGCAUUGGCAGCAGAGAGUGUUGCUUUGGCAAGUAGAACUCCAAGUACUUCUCCAUCCCCUUAUCUCAACACCGCGGCUAAAAACUCGUCUCUGACGGAGCUGAAGAAGCUCGAAUUCUCGCCUAAUGGCCACAGAUUGCUCGAGUCGAUGCAGGGCGUUAAGUUCGACGGAAUUAGUGGAAAAUUCGAGCUCAAGGAUGGGCAGCUGGAAUCAUCGCCGUUUGAGAUUAUCAAUGUCGUGGGAAGCGCCACAAAGAGGGUCGGCUUCUGGACGACAGAGCAUGGGGUGUCGGGUGAUUUGAACUCUAAGGCGAACCUCGAGAGCGUGGUGUGGCCUGGAAACGCUUUGGCGGCUCCCAAAGGGAUAGACUGGGAAACGGGAGGGAAGAAGCUCAGGAUCGGGGUGCCAUUGAAGAAAGGCUUCAGUGAGUUUGUGAACAGGGAGUGGAACCCUCUGACGCGUAGGAACGUGAGCGGCUUUUGUAUCGAGGUGUUUGAUCUGGUCAUGGCGUCGCUGCCUUACGAUGUGCCUUACGAGUACAUUCCCUAUGAGGACAACAACGGGGAGAUGAAGGGCAGCUACAGUGAUCUUGUUUACGAGGUUUACUUGCAGAACUUUGAUGCAGUGGUGGGAGAUGUGACCAUCACACCCAACCGGUCUUUGUACGUGGACUUCUCAGUACCCUUCACUGAGGUGGGGAUGUCGAUGGUGGUGCCCGUCAAGGACGACCGCGGGAGGAGCGCGUGGAUCUUCUUGAAGCCGCUCACCACUGAGCUCUGGUUGGCCAUCGGUGCCUUCUUUAUCUUCACCGGCCUCGUCGUCUGGGUGCUGGAGCACCGCGUCAACGACAGCUUCCGAGGCCCACCUCUGCAUCAGCUGGGCACCAUCUUCUACUUCUCCUUCUCCACAUUGGUCUUUGCUCACAAGGAGAAGGUGACGAGUAACCUCACAAGGGUCGUAGUGAUCAUCUGGGUCUUCGUGGUGCUCAUACUCACAUCAAGUUACACAGCCAGCUUAACCUCAAUGCUCACAGUUCAGCAACUUCACCCAACUGUUACCAACCUGCAUGAUCUGAUAAGGAACGGGGAGUAUAUUGGAUACAUGGGUGACCCCUCGAUGCUGCAUCUGCUAAACAUUGACAAGUCAAAGCUCAGAAGGUACGAGUCUCCUGAUGAAUACGACGAUGCGCUGUCCAAAGGCAGCGCCAAAGGUGGUGUUGGCGCCAUCAUCGAUGAGAUCCCUUACAUCAAAGUCUUCAUUUCCAAGUACUGCGGCAAGUACACCAUGGUGGGAAAUAUCUACAGGACUGAAGGGUUUGGCUUCGUCUUCCAUAAAGGUUCACCUUUCGUCCCAGAGAUAUCAAGGGCAAUACUGAAGGUCACUGCAGAUGUCGAGAAAAAGCUGUACAGGAACAGAACUACUUGCCCAGAGCAAAACGGAGCUGCAACAUCUGAUAGCCUCACAUUCAACUGCUUCUGGGGUCUCUUCCUCAUCACAGGAACCACCUCCGUUCUUGCACUCUUCUUGUUCUCGGCUUUCUUCUUGUACGAGCACCGCCACAUGCUGAGCACCUCCACGGACUCCGACGGAUCCUCGGUGUGGCAAAGGUUUGUUCUGAUGGUGAAGUCAUUCGAUCGGAAAGACUACUCAUCUUAUGCACUCAGAAGGUCCUGCCUCAAGGUCGAAGAAAUGAAGGCAGCACACGACCACAGUGGCCGUUCUUAUGCUACUUCGAAUUCACAUAGCACCUCAGACUUGUCCUCUGGUUCUCCCUAAGUUCUGCAGAAGCUGCAAAAGGAAAGUAUUCAUAUUGUUCUUGUCCUAGCAACUCCUACGAGUAUGGAAGAAUAAACCAAAUGUGCUACAGAA